AAUAUCACUAGAACCCACAGCCGUACAGUUGCAGCCAAUUAAAAAAGUAGCAAAUGUAAAUGUCAGCACAAACGUCAAAUGAAGAAUGUCAGUAAAUGUCAAACUUUGGCCUUCAAUUUCUUCAUUCUCGCAAUUUGUGAGCAAGUUGUAAGAUUUUGCAAUGUCCGAGUGAAGUGAAACAGGCGAAAUCGAUGCUGUGACCGCGUAGAGAUCCCGUCUUACAAUGACUUCGAGGAGCAAGAAUGCUGUGCGGAGUUACGAGACAGAGAUCGAGAAGAGUCGCGAGGAGUCCAACUGGAAGAAGGCGGUUGAAUUAGCACUUCAGCUCAAGGCCAGAUCUCCACAACAUGAGAGCCUUGCACAUUUCCUCAUCGGUGAAGGCAAGUUGGAAGCCUACCUGGACGAAUGGCCUCCGAUCAAAGAGAACAUCGACAGAGCUCAGCGGGAGCUGUCGGAAGCUCGUGGUUACCUGACCCUGGCCACAGAUGAGGCGGGGAAGAAGGCGGGUGUUGCACUGGAUGCACAUCUGCUACUCGGCAAGCUGAACUUUGCGUGUGGAGUGUUUGAUGACGCAUUGAAGCAUUAUAAACUAGCCGAACUUGAUACUUUGACUGAGAAAGAGUUGCCAGUGCGCAGUCUGCGCAUCGUGGCGGAGUCGUACGCUAUCAAGGGGCUCUGCCUGGAGCAGACCGCGCUGCCCGGCUCUAGCUCGCGCUACAAGCAGGCUGAGCGGGAGGCUGAGAUGAUCCGCAGUUUUGAGGUAUCGUCGGAGCUGAGCCUGCUGUACCUGCAGCGCGCAGGCGGCUCGAGCGCGGGCGCGGGCGCCACGCUGGAGACGGCGCUGCAGCGCGCGCCGCUGCUGCACAUCCGUGCCGGUAGGCUGCAGGCGGCCAUCGACAGGUACCGCGAGAUGCUGACGGCGGUGGAGUCGGUGUCGACACAGUCGCUGCGGCUGACGCUGGCGCGGCAGCUCGCGGAGGUGCUCAUGAGGGGCGUCACGGGACAGGUGUACAAGGCGCCGCAGAAGACGUCGUCUCCGCAGCAGCUCCAGGGCACGCUGUCGCGGCGGAGGGACGAGCACGUCUCGGAGGGACCCUGGAAGCCAAAGAAGUACGCCGGCAUCAACCAGUUCGUGCCUCGCAACGAGUACGAGGAGGUGGUGCUGCUGCUGCUGGUGGGCGAGGCGAUGGCGGUGCGCGACGCCGUGCUGUCGCAGAGCGCCGAGUUCGAGGCUGCGCGGGAGCACUCGCUGCAGAACGCCGUGGCCGUCGUCGACCUGCUGGCGCUGGCCAGCGUGCGCUGGGGGCAGCUGGCGCUGGUGUUGGAGUCCCUGGAGCGCGCGAUGAAGUUCUCGUUCGGCUGCGCGCACAUCUGGCGGCAGCGGGCGCUGGCCACCGCGGCCGCCGCGCGCUGCCCCGCCGCCGCGCCCGCGCUGCUGCCCGCCGCGCCCGCCGCGCUGCAUCCUGGUACGCCUGCGUGGAACGCGACGGUACGCGCGCUGUGCGUGUCGAGACGCAGCGCGCCGCUUCUGAAGGACGACGCGGCGCUGCGGCUGCUUGCCGCCAACACGUGCUACCGCGCCGGAUGGAUAGAGGAGGGCAUGGAGCUGGCGGACGCGGCGCUGGCGAUAGAGGAGGCGCGGGGCGGCUGGCUGCUGGCGCGCUGCUACCUCUACUGCGGCGUCGGCCGCCAGAUGAAGGCGCAGAAAACGAAUUCCCGAAUGGAAAAGGAGUCAGAGAACGAGGCCAGCCUGCGCAUGCUGCUGAAGUCUGUGGAGCUGGAUGACAACGACCACCUCGCCUUCUACCACCUGGCGCUGCAGUACAUGCACGUCGGCAUGCUCAACGAGGCGAUGGACGCGACGCGAGCGUGCCUGGCGGCGCGCGCGGAGUGCGGCGGCGGGCUGCGGCUGGCCACGGCGCUGUGGGCGUCGGCGUGCGCGGGCGUGCGCGGCUCGCGCGCGCUGGCGGCGGCGCGCCUGGCGCACCACCACUACCCCGCCGCCGAGUGGCCGCUGUUCAGCCUGGCCGCGCUGCAGCUCGUGUGGGAGAGCGGGGAGGCCGCUCUCGCCACAGGCAAGGAGCUGCUGAAGCUGCUGCACGGCGAGGCGGACGACGAGCCGGCGCCCUACGCCGAGCUGGACGCGCGCUCCGACUCGCUGCACGACGACACGCACAGCAACCGCGACGCCGCGUCGAUCCGCGCGGAGUCUGCGGGCGCGUACCGCAUGGAGCGCGCGCUGUCGGAGGGCGCGUCGUCGCUGUCGGCGCGCAAGCCCAAGUCGCCGCUCGCCGAGCAGAAGGCGCACGCGUGGCUGCUGCUCGCCGACUUGUGCUUGAGGUUAGAUCGAGUCGGUGCGGCAGCGGGCUGCGUGUCAGAAGCGGCUGCACUGACGCCGUUUAGCCAUCUCGUGUUAUACACGAGGGGGCUGGUGCACGCCGCCAGCGCGGAGUGGGACGAGGCGCGCCAGUGCUUCCAGAACGCGCUGGCGAUACACCCCACACACUUAGACAGUUUAGUUCAAUUAGGUGCCACAUACUACUCGCUGGGCUGGCUGCGGCUGGCGGAGCGCACGCUGCGCGAGGCGGGCUCGCUGCAGCCCACGCGCGCCGACACGUGGCGGCGCCUGGCGCUGGUGCUGGCGGCGCUGGGCGAGCCCGCCGCCGCCGCCGACGCCGCCGCCGCCGCGCUGGCGCUGCACCCCAUUUCCGGGGAGCCGCUGCCGCUCUGACGUGAGGACAUACACUGUUGCGACUAGCGCGAGUGACCGGCCGCCGCCGGAGCGGAGCCACGUCAUUAUAUAUAGUAAUAUGUUAUCUGUAAGGAAUACGUUCACUUGUCAUCGAAUAUGCCGUACCGUAGCUAUCAGGCCUUUAGAGGUAGACUACUUACCAGCGGUUAAAUUAAUUUUAUGCUACUGAAAACUUGAAAUAUACUCAGAGGCACAAUUAUUCGCCCACUUUAACAUACUCGCGUAAAGUGGCGGAUAAUUGUGCCUCUGAGUAUAUUUCGUGAGUUGUUAUAUCAGUUAAAGAAAAAGUGAGCAUUCACACCUAACGUUAAGUAAGCAUGCGACUGCGUUGCUGUCAAGAACAUCGCCAAGCGGGGUAGAGACAACCCUUUAACCCUUUAACCCUUCGGGGGUUUCUUAAAAUUGAAAAUUAUAUUAAAUUAUCUAGAAUAUUAUUAAGCACUUUUGUGCCAGAAAUGAUUUUAUCAUUACAGAAAAGUUUAAAUGUUGUUGCAAUACGGAUUAAAGAAAUUGUUUAUUUUCAUUUCAAUAUAAACAAUCAGAUUUGUACGUCCCAAUUUUCCCACCACCAAUUUUCUCAUCAAAUGAAGCUAAGUACACUCAAUCAAGUCUUCAAUAUUCUCUUUCAGUGCGCUUUCGUUUGAGACCCCAUAUAUUUGCAGACAUUCGGUUAUUCUUGCCCAUAUUCACUCCCUACAACUUUUAAAUGGCUCAACCGAUUGGCAUCAAACAUAUCUAACAACACUAAAGUUACCUUUAAUAAAAAAAAAACUAAAUUGAAAUCCGUUCGAGAGUUAAUAUGCCACAGAUAUACAGACAGAAACGUCAAACUUAAACACUCCUCUUUUUGCAUCGGGGUUUAAAAAUAUAGCCAAAUGUAAAGCAACCAAGGUACUGCACACAGGGUUAUAAAAAAAAGCAGUAUUAGUAAUUCAAGGAGGUGUCCGAAAUUUGGCCGCGUUUUCAGAACAAUACAGAUGUGAAACUGUACUAAAAAGCUCGUAUAUUUUACUAGAUUAUUUUAGAAUCUUAGCUGAAAUAAUAUUCGCCAGCAGGCAAAACAAGCUGAUUUCAUUAUUUUCAGACCAUUCGUAGUAAUUUUUAAAUCUUCUUUGAUGCGUAUUUCACUGAUUGUUAAUUGUCUUUGCAAACGCGAGCUGUCAUUGUCAAAGUUAAUGAAUGAAUGAGAUGUCAUUGUCAAAUAUCAUUAUUAUCAUAAUUUUAUUAGAUGUGUCAAGUUAGUGUCAAAUCCAUAGUAAAAGUGUCGCUUGUCAGUUAGACACAGAUAAUGCAAUGAAUGUUAUGUCAAAGGGAUACAAAUUAUUGCCCACUUGUAACAAGUAAUUUAACUGAUUAGGCAAAUAUAUAUUUCUGUGAAAAUUAGCCUCAUGGGUUGCCCUUAAUUGUCCUAAUUUAUGGCCAAUUAUCAGCUUAAUCAGCUCUGUAUAAUUUGGGCCCGAGUUUGUAUGAACACUGGGUUUCAGUCAAUGAAUUUUGCGUUAGGUAUGAAUGCUGCCUAGAGCUCAUAUCUGCAACAUUACAAUUGCGGGUAGGCGUGUUAAAACUGUAAGAACAUUAUCAGACGUUAGUGAUAAUGACUGCGACAAAAUCUGUAUACUAUACAAAUAAUUAAAGUUGUACAAUAAACGAAGAAAGUGUUCACAGAGGCACAGUGUAAUGCCAAAGUCACUCAGAAACCGGUAUUCAAAUUGUCUUAGGGUUCCUUUACACGAGCAGCAACUGCUACCGACGACUGCAGCAGAUGCCAGCGGCUGUUGGUCUGCUCGUGUAAAUGAACCCAUAAUUUAAUUAAAUCUAGUUAACAAUAGUAGGUAGGCUUAUCAACCACUAUAGCGACCAAUAACGCUGAUCGGGAAUAUAGCUCUCUCUUUCGUUGCAACGGUAUGAAAAAUAUAGCUAUAUUUCUGGUUCGGCUAUUGGUCUACUAUCUAUUUUUCUCUUCACGAUAUAUGUCGUGUCAAAUCUUAAACCUACUGGUUGUUUUAUGGCGUUCAAUCAGCCAGUAAAUUUUCUGAUUAAUGUAGUAAUUAAUAUUUAUUUUAAACAACAAUUUUAAGUAUUAUUUGGUUUAAACACUUAUCAAAAUAAUUGAUAACUAUUUGUACUUAAUAUUGAGAUAUUAUCGGAUGUUGUAAAUUGAUCUUUCAAUAUGUCUUCCCUUUGGCGAUAUUUGGGCCGUUGUGUAAAUGUUUGUCUAUAAAGAUAUUGGAUUCCAAUUUCAAAUUAAAUACGAACUCGUUUAAACUACGUUCUUAAUUCAAAUUCCUGCUGACCAAGGAGGAGACGUUGUUAAAAUGGGAAUUCCUGUGAUUGGUCGGUGGUAGGUGGGCGUGGUCUGUCUUGGUUCUUGUGACGUCACAACCCGUGUCGUGCAACUCUGUCACGUGAUAUUUAGAAUCCUAGGAGUUUAAAGGCUAGAUUCAUUAUAAGUGUUGUCUGUGUGAAUCUCCGAGGUUUGGAAAAUUAUAAUAAGAUAAAUAAUUAAAGUAACAAUUAUUUAAUAUAGUAUUCAGUGGUUUUGCGGGUGUUAUAUAAUUCACGUAACUCUGAUUUAUUUUGACUUUAAAAUGUUUUUCAAAAAUAAAUUUAUGUCAUUAGUAAAAAAUUAAGGAUUUUCAAAUUCUACUUAAAAUUUGGCUAAAUCAGCAUUUUGAUAUAAAUAUAUAAAGGAAAUGGUACUUUUAGAGUAAGAAAUAUUUUUCUGUGUUUCGAAUAGUUUAAAGAUCGCCUUUCUUAUAGCAAUAUUUGUAGGUAUAAAUUGUUAGAUAUUGAAGUUGUCUUUUACUUGGUGCCUAGGAAUUGAUCCACCAAGGAACGGAUUCCUUACCGACGAACAGAUUUUUCUAUUGUAUUAUAUUUCUUAACUAUUCAUUUAAAAGUGAUAAAUUUGUAGGAAUAAAACAGACAUUCUAUUCUUGCAGCGAUGGAUUAUAAAGAAAUGUUUAAGUUCUAACUGAAUUACCACCAUUAAAUACACAUAUCCAAGCUUUGAAAGUGACAUAUUUAUGAAAAUUAUACUUCCCAAAAUAAUAAUUAAUAAAAAGUGUUAAUACGUUGUAAAUAUGGGCUCCUGUACUAUAAAAAGGUGUCUAACCAACAAAAUAAUUGAACAGUGAUCUCGCGGUGACCUUCGCUCAAUAUUUACGAACAUUCAACAAGUACAAACGGUAUUAGCGAUGGAAUUUUCCUCACACGUGUAUAGUCCGGUACCACGAACACCUUUUAACGUGAAUGUUUGUAUAUAAUAUGAAUCGUUAGAUACAAAGCGUUCAGACGUUCCGAGUUGUACGUUUUGUGGAGCCUUCUUUGUAUUACAACGUAUAGCAGUCCACGCUAUAUUUAUGUAUGUCUGUUCUGUGCUAUGAAGUGACGUCAAAGAACGCCUACUGCAGAUAUCAGAACACAACUCUUUUGUCUGUGCGGAUUCUAAACAUGAGCGAAAUUCUUCUUUUUUCCAAUUAUGUGAAAAACUUACCACCUAACUGAUGUUUCUACCACCAAUUCGCAUUUAUUCAUGGAGGUUUACCAUUUCCUCGUGAUCAACUUAUAAUGCACACAACUGAAAAGUUGGGGGUGCAUGCUCGGACCGGAUUCGAGCCCACACCCUCCGGGAUCGGAGGCAGAGGUCAUACCCACUGGGUUAUCACGGCUCUAGAUACUCACGUGACGAAUAUUUAUCCACUGUAUAUUAAAUAUAGGUACCUAACAAAUAUGAGGUUGAAGUGAUAAAAAACGUAAUAUGAGGAAAAUCUAUGAUACGGGAAAAAUAACAACUAAAUAUUGUAAAGAAUACAGAUCAGUGGUAAAACAAGUUUUAAUUUUUUACUUGGCUUGUUUAGGGAAAAUGUAGUUUUGCUGUUUUUAGAAAUGGGUUGUUCUUUGUGGUUAGUUAGACUACGGUUCAUUUGUUUCGUCCUAUGUAGUUUCGAGUUGAGCCAACAUUGCUUGAAUUGCUUUGGGGAUUUCUUUGAAGAAAUUAUUAGUAGAAGAAGUAAACCUGGUUAAAAGUUGAAAUUGUUACAUUCUCUUGGUUCAAAGAGCACGCAAAGCUGGAGUGUUUUAUCUCUUUCCGAAAGUGUUAUCGUACUGAAGUAUGUUUGAGGUAAUAGACAGUCUACCUAUGAUUGCUCUAAAAUAUCUCUUACAGGCGCGUUGGACGAAAAGUGGGAAGGUAGAUAAAAUUAUGCUCUAGCUUAGACGGUUAUUAUAGUUUUUGAAGUUUACGUAUUUUUUUUUAUCACUGACUAGAAAUUAUAAAAAUUGAUUUCAGUUUGUAGUCUCAGAUUAGGUAUAUUAUAUCGUCUUUUCUAGAAUUUUUAGAGCAUUUUAGAGAUAUUUAUUGUUGGAGUAAAUUAUGAAUUGUACGGGGCCAAAAACAACAUAACAUUUUUUGUCUGAAGGCAAGCUUUGGCUGUUUCUAUAUUCGUAGCGCUUAAUAGUCCUCGUCCGGUUGAUACAGGGGGUUAUGACGAGGACGCCAGAGCGGCUGUUUCAUUACAAUGGGAAGAAACAAGGAGAGAUAUGCUGACACUCUUGUCUCAUGGCGCGCAUAUAAGUUCAAGACAAUGAAUAAAUAAAGAAUGCGACUGCUUUUCGCUUCUUAAUUAACUUCUUCUUCCUUCUGCGCCGUUUCCGCACUUGUCUAUGUGAUUGGCCGUUGUACGUUGGUUUUUGGUGUAGGUCUCGCUUCAGAAGCUUAGCAGAUCGCCCAGGUAUAAUUUCUUUUAAUUUCCCAACCUCCUGAAUCAGAUCGAGUUAUGUAGAAUUCCUACACACUAGAUUCACAUUGGUGGUCACCCCUACAUACUUUUUCAGGAAGUUCAUAGUUUUUCUAUCGACAAAAGGGUCUAUAUUUGGCUUGCUG